AUGUCCACGAUGGUCAAGCCCAGGGAAGCCAUCUCGGACACCACCCGCUGGUCCAUCUCCUUGGUAGAGGCCUCCAAGGCACAAGCAAAGCGGAGAGAAGAAGAAGAACGCUUCAAGAGGUGGAACGCCGGGAACCACGACAGCACUGCCUUCUUUAGGAAGAUGGGGCAAAGUGUGGCCGAUACCGAGAGAUACAAGGCUCAAUGUCGGAGCGCUGCCUUGGCCUCUCCCUCCCGAAAUGCCGAAGAGAAGGUGAGUUUAGACUGCACCACCAGGCAUGUGGACGUGGCCAAGGCCUUCGCAGACUUCAGUAACGUGUGUGUCGUGCCACAUCCCGAGAUAGCUGGAACCAUGGGCAUGAACGCCGAUGGAACAGUCGAUGCUCCCAAGGGCCUAAUGCACCUCAAGGAUCAGGAGAAACGGGUGGUAGAGGUGCUCCGGGUGGCUGCCGGAGAGCUCGCUGACCUCGUUGAAUCGAGCGUUCCAGCGGUCAGGGCAGCGGAGGCGCUGCUUUCUCAGGAGGGAAACGAGGGCCGCACCUCCGGGCCACCCGACGCUCCUGCAGCCCCGAAAAAGGCUGGAGAGGGGAGCGAGUACACCGAGGAGUCGAGUGAAGAAGAACAGGUGUCCGUUGAGAUAGAAGACGAGGAGGCGCCUGCGGUAGUGGGCGACAAGGACAAGCGGGGAGCUAGCAAGGAAGCCCCUGAGUCUUUGGAGAAGGAAGCCAAAGUAGAAGGACACAGCCCAGGGGAACGUGAGGUCAGUCCCUCUUCCCGUGGUAGGGAGCUGGAGCUGUAUCCCGCUUGCAAGGCUUCCACAAAGCACUACAAGAGGAAGUUGCAGGACGAGCGGCAGGAGGAGAAGCGCCAGAGAGACUCGGGUAGCCGUGGGUCCCGACGCCCUGUGUCACCUGAGAAGCGGUCCAGGCGGGCCAGUCCAGGUCACGGCGAAGAAGAGGAGAGCGAAGGUCGGGCCCCCUUGCCGAGGCGGCAGCCCAGGGGAGCCCAGCCUAGAGACCGGGGCUCAAGAGGAAGGAAGAAAAGGGAGCGAGCCAAGGAGUUCACGCGGAAGAAGAUCGAGGAGCGACGGGCCCGCAAGAAGCAGAAGCAAUGGCACCAAAAGCCAAAGUAA